UCAAGUGAAGUCUCGCGGUGUUUAGACACCUUUCAGACAUCUUGCAUUUUUCAGUCUGAAAGAACGAAUUUAUAAAAUACCAUUGACUUCAUCGGGCCAAGCGAACCCGAAAUAACAGGGCCUUUAUUGUUGAUAUUCGUGACUUAUUUGUAUUUCGACCGAAUGCAUGUGAGGCUAUAGGUGGCUGAACCGAGAGCUCGUGUGCCAAACCACUGAGCGGAUUGUCUCUCCCGGGGCUCUCGAGCCGUAUUGUGCGUCAUUUUCAUAGCUGCAUCUUGUUUUUCUAUUGAGGCAACAUGGCAACUCCCGCCGCGGUCAAUCCAUCGGAGAUGGGCAGUGAGUUGCCGGGGCCCGUUACUAUGCCGGGGCGGUGGUGGGGGCGGGCCAAGUGAGGAUGGGCGGAGCCAUGCCGGGCCGCGGGGGCAAGAGGAGAUCCGGAGGGAUGGACUUUGAUGACGAGGAUGGGGAAGGACCCAGUAAAUUUUCAAGGUAUGAUGAUGAUGAUCAGAUACCUGGUGAUGAUAAGGAGAGAUAUGCCAGAGAGAACCACAGCGAGAUAGAGCGGCGUCGCCGUAACAAGAUGACCCAGUACAUCACGGAGCUGUCGGACAUGGUGCCCACCUGCAGCGCUCUGGCCCGCAAGCCAGACAAACUGACUAUCCUCCGCAUGGCCGUGUCCCACAUGAAGUCCAUGAGAGGGACCGGGAACACGUCCACUGACGGGGCGUACAAGCCCUCCUUCCUGACCGAACAGCAGGGUCUACAAACCCUCCUCCUCAGCAAACAGGAGUUGAAACACCUCAUCCUGGAGGCGGCCGACGGCUUCCUGUUUGUGGUCGCCGCGGAGACGGGUCGUGUGAUCUACGUGUCUGACUCGGUGACACCGGUGCUCAACCACCCGCAGUCGGAGUGGUUUGGCAGCACGCUGUAUGAGCAGGUGCAUCCUGACGACGUGGACAAGCUGCGGGAACAGCUCAGCACCUCAGAGAAUUCCAUGACAG